AUGAGUGUAUCAAACUAUCAAGGGAUUCGACAGUCACAUCAGCGUGAGAAUGACGGUACAGGAGGCUCAGGAAUAAUAGCGGAAAAAAGGGAAGAGGAGAAACUACGACAAGAGCAGGCGAUCAAUAGUGAAACACACAUUGAUGAAACACAUAUUGGUGAAACACACAUAACUGAAACACAAAUACAUGCAGAACCUCAAGGUAAAAACACACAACCUCAUGGUACUGACACAGAAUUACCAGAUCUCGACUUGAAACAACUCAAGAAGAAACCUUCUGUGAAACAAAAGAACUCUAAUGAAAGACAACGACAAAUUCACGAAUAUAAAUCGCAACUAACUAAGGAAACUAGAGAAGAAAGGUAUAGAAGAAGAAGUGGAGAACACCUAGAAAGUCCUAAAAAGAAGAAAAGGGUUAGUUUUGAAUUAUAA